AUGAAGCUCAAUUUUUACGAAGAGUACGACAAGCGACACAUUUAUCGGCUGAUCGAGCUGCCCGAGCAGAUUAUCGGCGAGCUACGGGAGGAAGAGGAGGAGUACAAAAAAACCAAGGAACUGCAACAUUACUCACUGACUCUGAGAGGCAAGGAUCGGCUCGUUCUGUGCAACAAAAACACGACGUGGAACGUCAAGCAACGGAGCCAAAGCAACACCCUUCAUCUGGUGGAGACACGUGACGAUGGUCUCGCCAGCAUUUGCAUCACCCAGCCCAUUUUGGAGUGCACUUUGAGUGAAUCGCCUCAGUUGGACACCUCUGAUCUGCCCUGUUACGACGGAGACAGUAUCAUGGGAGACCCGCGCAUCGCCAAGCACGAUCUGGACUCGUUAAGGAACCGCAGCAGCAUGUCUGGAGUGCAAUUCGACCAGGUUUGGGCGCAAAUUGGAGGAGUGGAAGUCGAUGGAGUGGCAUGUGUGCUGGCUGAUAGUCUGAUCAAGGAGACAAUAGACGAUAUUCUGACCUCGCUAGCAUCACAGAAGCAGCAGCUUAACCUGGUGAGUGCAUCUGACGUGGUGUCUGAUACUUCUCCAGCAGUAGUUACGGCAGUGUUGAAGAUGUUUGCUACAACGCCCAUUGAGCCCUACAAUCUCGAUCUCGCGCACAUCAUCAGCUGGAUUGGCAAAAACGCCCUUGGCGAGCCGGUGCAGAUCGAACAGUUUAUGAUCAUGUGGAAAAACUCGAUUCCCAUGAUCUUUGACGAGGAUAUGGUCUCCCUGGACCUCAUCAAAGGCUCCUAUGCUCUUUGUGAGACUAUGAUUCACAAGCUCAGCGAAAGUGAUUUGCCGCGUGACCCCAAGGAGCGGUUUGCUCGACUGUUCCAGAUCAAGGACAAGUGGGAACUGGACGAAAUCACACCGUUCAUUGAACCCAUCAAGAUGAACAAGAGCACCAAGACGGAGAACUUUGUGCUCAAGUACGCUAAGAAGAGAAAGAUCGGCGGCAAGGUGAUGGUUUGUCGAGAGUGA